CAUGUUCUCUCUCGCCCUGCCAACUGCUCCCACGUUCGCCACUCAGCCCUCGCGGCGUUCGCCGCUUCGUCCUGCCUCCCAUUCACGCUGUCGCCGCCAGCCGCUCGCCCCGGCACCCUUCACGCUGUCAUCGCCAGCCGCUCGCCUCAACCCCCUUCACGCAGCCGCCGCCAGCCGCUCGCCUCAACCCCCUUCAUGCAGCCGCCGCCAACCGCUCGCCCCGACCCCCUUCAUGCUGCCGCUGCCGCCAACUGGUUGCCGCGGCCCCCUUCACCCCGUCGCCGCUGCCAACUGGUCGCCACGGCCCCCUUCACCCCGUCGCCACCGCUAGCCGCUCGCCCCGGCCCGCUUCACCCCGCCGCCGUCGACGGCGGCGGCCUCUCCUGCAGUGCAUGUCAUCUUAGUCGUUCGGUUGCUGCCCUGCAGAUGCAGUCGUCCACACGGUGUGGACCAGCGCAUCCGUCAAACUCCCCCACGGUCGGAUUCGUGCAGUCGACAAUAUCCUCCAUGCCCGCCACAACGCCGCUGUCAACCUCCACCAUGUCCGUCAUCGGCGAGGCUCGCAAGAAGCGACCUGGACAUGAACUUCCAAGGUCUGGCCGCAAGAAGAAGAAGAAUAUUUCUUCUUUGAGUCCUAUCCAAGAACGAAGAACAUGCCAAGAUCCAGAAAGAUACGAGGGCGCAUCAUUAGAGCCAUAGUAAGAAGAUCAAGUGAGCUUCAACAUGGGCUGAUGGACAAUCUAGGUAGGGAAUAUGCGCUGCUACUUCUUGAAGAAAGGAUGCCAGGUUGAUGUUUGGAACAUUUUAGAAAAAAUAAGAACUUAUGUAAUGGUUUUGUGCUGCUCAAAUUAUGUAAUAGUCGACCAGGUAGCCUCUAAUGAAAUAUGUGAUUUGUAGAGUAUAUGGGUAUGUGGACAUGAUAUGUGGGCAUUGUAUUGUUUAAAUUUUGUACUACAACCUGUGAAUUAUGUACUUGCGUUUUUAAA